AAAAACGUAUGGAAUCAUGAAUGGAUUAUUAUUGAUACACAAUAUUCUGUCGCUGUCUGUUUAUUAAUACCAGAGCGCUCCUGAUUUUUUAUUUAUUUUAUUUGGCCUUUUGUUCCAAAUAUUAAGAUACAUACAGCUUGUAAAUUAUUGAUGUUUUUUAACUAUGACUAUAAGUGAGAUAAUCUGGGAUAUACCGGAAAUUCCAAUACUUAACAAACUGGAACCAUACACGAAAGAAAUUAUUUAUGAUCAGUCGCAACAAGAAGGAAGCAAUGCAGCAUCUUAUGGGAAGUUAGAAACUUUUCGGCACCCCGAAAGUCAAUACCAGCCUCUUUUACCGGAACAGAAAGCUAAUAUUCCAAAAUCGGUUAUUCAUCCUGAGCUUGAUGAGCUGGCUCAUCGAUUCCUAGGACCAAGCUUCGAAAACGAGCCUGAUUCCCUAGCAGACAUGGUUAUCAGUCCUUUGUCACCAGAACCCUCGACCAGCGUGAACAUGUAUGAUUCCUUCCAACCGGCAUCGCCAAUGAGAAUAGUAAACUAUUGGGAUCAUUCGUUAUGCAUGACAGACUCGAGUGAAGAUUGCAUACCUGAUUCCAAUGAAUGUUCGUCAUGGUCUUCUGAAUCGUCCUUAUGCAGUUUGACGGCUCCUCGUGCGUUUGACGCUCAAGGUACGUCUACUGGAAACUCUAGCAUUCAAAAUGAACAUAAUGUCAUAGAAAAUGCAUCUAUGAAUAUUUCGGAUACUGAUACGAAUACUUCUGAUGGAGGAGUUCGUAAGCGAAAACGAAAAGGUCAUGCAGAUCCAAACGAAUGGAAAAAGAACAGAAGAAAAAUUAGACGUCAGAGUGGUGAACCCUACUUGUCAUCCACUGGUAAAAUGGUUCCUGGUAAAAGAUUAACUGAAGGCAGAUGCAAAGGACUUUGCCGAGAAAAAUGUACCCAACAUUUUACAGAAGAUGAGCGACAAGCAAUAUUCUCCGAGUUUUGGGCCAUUGAGUCCUUGGAGCAGAAGCGACAGUACAUAGUCAGUCUUAUACAGCGUGAAGAGCCGCGAACACGCAGAACUAGUAGUACAGAGAGUAAACGUAAAUACACGAACCGAUAUUACAUGAAGAAACCAAAUACUACAGAACCGAAGAGAGUCUGCCAAAAGUUCUUUCUCUCUACAUUUAAUAUAUCAGAGACAUUUGUGCGAUUUUGUUUUAAGAAAGUAACACAAAACAGUGAAGUGAUGUUGGGGACAGUACAGUCGACUGAAUUUGGCUGAAACAGUGAGAGUUUUAGUGAAAAUUCAUAAUGAAGUUUAAUUUAUUUUAUGCUAAAAACCAUUUUGGUUGCUUAUAAAAUACUUGAGUGUGAAUAUUAAUAAGGAGCCAAUUUCUAUCUUGGGUGCAUACAAUGUGAAACAAACUUGCAUAGGCUUUAGAUUGCCUAUGUUUUUAUCGGUUUUGGUUACAUAUCUUAAUAGAUUGAUUCUGAUUGAAUGAACAUUGUGUAUCAUAAUUUCAGAUGCAAGUUUAUAUUUCUUUAAAACAACUUAGCUAGAUUUUUCUAGCUAGAGGUUUUCAUGAGGAUACCUACUACUACCUUGUAAUUUGUAUAUUUGACCUUAAAAACCUUAGUAUAUAUGGGGUUGGUUAUUAAGGUCCUAACUAUUUUUUAAAUUACUGGUUUAACUAGUUUGUAAUAGUUACAGAUUUCAUGUAAGUUUUUAAAACUUUUUUUCAAUAAAUUUCAUACAAUCCGUU